AUGGCAGGAAUCCGUUUCGCCCACACUGAAAACAGCCUACCAGAUCCCUUCUUGGCAGCACCCCUCCUUCAUCUCCUCCUGCGUGGAAUCAAGCGCACCUUGGGCCUCACAUCUCGUCAGCGCCUCCCUAUCGCUAUGACCCUUCUUCGGCAGAUUAACGAGGAGCUUGCUCGUGCUCCUGACUACUUACCGACAGACAAGUUGAUGUUGUGGUCGGCUUUUACCUUAGCCUUCUAUGGCUUUCUGCGGUCCAGUGAAUUCACAUCACCUUCAGCAUCUUAGUUCAAUCCCCUAGUGCAUCUGUCCACCACCGAUGUCUCCUUUACGUCAACAGGUUGUCUUACUUUACAUCUGAAGGCAUCCAAGACGACUCCAUACCGGCAGGGCUGUUCGCUAUUGAUUGCCCCAUCUCAUCGUUCUGUCUGCGCUGUGCGAGCCCUGAGGAAGUACCUUGCUCUGCGUCUAACAAGCGGUACAUCUCCACUCUACGUCUUCCAAUCUGGCAAUUAUCUCAUCAGGGCUAAAGUCACCACUAUCAUCCGCACCCUCCUUCAAUGGCUUGGUAUUUCUUCAGAGCUCUAUGCAUCCCACAGUUUCCGGAUCGGCGCCGCUACAUCAGCAGCUGAAGCCGGUCUGCCCCCUUGGCUUAUCCAAACACUAGGAAGGUGGUCCAGCAACUGCUACACUCUCUAUAUUAGAACUCCGCCUUCUGUUCUCCAGAAGGUUCCUGGUCUGUUGGCUGCCACAAACACCUCAGGACAAGGGAUAUGGAACCCACUACUACAACGUUUCACUCCUAGUCUUCCAUAA